AUGCGGGAUCUCGAGAUCUGCGUGGUUCGCCGGGAUUCGCUGAAGGACCUCUACCGCGCGCGGAUUCGGGUGGAUUGCGUGCACCCCUUGGAGCUCGGGCUGACUUUUGCGCAGUUUCAGCCCGAGCUCGACCCCGACGACGCCUUCCCCGCGGCGGAGGGCCGAUCGUCGGGCGAAUCGAAUCCAUCGCCGCGCCUGCCCCCCGCCCGCGCUUCACCGCCGGAGAAAGACGGGGGAUCGCCCAACCAUCCCCCCAACGCCUCCUUCGCCGAGCCCGACGCCGCGCUCUACCCGCCGGAGGGGACGGUGUUCUUUAUUAUUGCCGCCGAUACCAUCAUCCGCGGCAUCCCGUCCGACGCGGACGAUCAUGUGGCCUUUUUGCUCCAAAAGGGCGAUUUUGAGGCGGCCUACCGCUAUGCCCUCCGCCAUCCCCUCCGGCGCCAUUCCUUCAAGGAUAUCUUUCGCCAAUUGUUGGAGUCGUACAUGGCGAACGACCAGCUCGACAAGGUCGCGGUGCUUUUGCCCUCUUUUAUUGGGGAUAAUUUGUCCGAGUGGGAGCGCUGGAUCUACUGCUUUGACCAACGCGGGGAGUCGUGGAAGUUGGUGGAUGUGGUGCCCAACUACACCUUCGACGACGGCGAACCCCUCUCGCGGCCCCCGAAGGCGAUCGCGCAUUACCAUUCCCUGCAGGAUCUCGCCAUCGCGGAGUCCGUCGCGGCGUCGGACGACUCCCGCGAGGCGGCGGGGGGGGCGGACCCCCCCGCGGUCGUUCCUCUCGCCGCCUCCCUGCGCUCCUCCAUCGGCAAGGCGUACUACGAUCUAAUCCUGAUUCGCUGCCUGGAGCGGGAUUCGGUGUUGUUUAACGGCGCCGUGCAUCAUUUUCACGGGCUUUUUAACCUCCCGAUCGUCCUUCGCGCGGCGGAAAUUCAGUACGAGGGGGCGUGCGAACAAAAGGCCGGCGAGGCCGCCUCCCCUCGCCACACCCGCGCCCUCGGGGAGGCCUACGCUUUUCUCCUGCAACACCAGGGCCGGGACGGGGAGGCCCUGCGGGUGCUUUUGCGCGUCUCCCACGGCGACGAGGUGGUUCGAUUUAUUCGCGAGGCCAAGGUCUUCCCGACGGCCCUGGAGAUCCUGCCGGAGCUCUUUUCGCGCGGGGUGGAGGCCACUGUGGGGCUUUUGCUCGACCACGCCCGGGCCCUUCACGGGGUCGCCGGGGAGGAUGCGCUCGGGCCGGAGGCCGUUGUGGGCCGCCUCGCGGGCUGCGAGCGGCGCUUUCUUUGGCUCUAUUUACACGCCUUGCGGGAAUCCAACCCCCCGGCCUUCGCCGCCGUCGCCAAACGCCACGCGCAGCUCAUCGCGACGUUGUACAUCGCCUUCGACCGCGCGGAGCUUUUGCCGUUUUUGCGCGAGAUGUGCAUGUACGUCGAGCGGGUGAAGGAUAUCUGCGCACUCUGCAAGAAAUACCACCUGCUCGAGGAGAUGGUCUUUUUGAUGGCCCGAAUCGGGCGUGGGGAGGAGGGCUUGCGGGUCAUUGUCAAGCAGAUGUAUAAUAUCCAAAAAGCCGUCCAGUUCAUCGUCGAGGUCCCGUCAAAAGAGGACCAGACAGUUCUUUUUAGACGGCUGGUGGAGUUGGUGGUGGAGUAUAACGCCUCGCUGCCGGUGAACGCGGCGGGGCAGCGCUAUAUUCUGCACGACUGUCAGCCGGAGGAUACCUACACGACCAUCGCCCGGCAGUACGAUAUCGAUGUGGAUAUUUUACGCCGGGCAAAUCGCCCACCUGACGAUCCUCCGGUGGAUUCCAUAAUCGCCCAUCCCGCGGCGAAUUCGAACCCAACAAUGGCGAAUCGAAAGGAAGGUGAUUUACCUUACGCUGGGAUCGAUUCCACAAACGCCGUGGCGCCUCCCUUAACGUCGAAUCGUGACAUUACAUCCCAGGAUCGCACCAACCAAGAGGUGGUUCCAACCAACGAAGAGGAGAGUUUACCGCCAAACCCGUGUAUGGUUCCGUUGGAGUUAUUAUCCGCCCUGCUCCGCGCGGCGGGGGAUCCGGAGAUCUGCGCGAAUCACCCGGUUAUCGACGCCGGGUAUAUCAUCCGCAAACUCCCCUCUUCGGAGUACAUCGCGGAUGCCGGGAAAUCAAUCGCCGCCGUUGUGCGCAGCCGCUGUGAAAAUCGGGACUUUAUUUCUUCCGUUUUGCAGAUCACGAUGGCGGAUUUAAUUGGUUACCACAAGGAGCUUUUAACCCGGCAAACUGCCGCGUUGACUAUUCAACCGGGUAAUAGGCGGUGCGGGUUUUGCCGUGAAGAGGCCGCGAAGCAGGGGGUUGUGGUGUUUGGCUGCGGCCAUACCUAUCAUCCGGGCUGCGUCCUCAAGUAUUUAGCCGCUGAAGAUGUUUUGAAUACUGAGCUUUUUAAGAUCGACCUUGAUGACUUUUUUGCGCGUCCGAAGCAUUAUUCGAAGGCGCCAAAGGAUAUCCCUUAUUGUAGUUUAUGUGCGCAGUCUCGUGGUGGACUUCAGAGGUAG